AUGUUUGAUCUUGACUUUGAUGCUAUCCUUGCUGCCAUGUAUGCUGUGACUAUUAGUGAUGAGGGUGACUGUUACCGGUGUUUCCCGCCUGACCCGGGCAUUGGUUCUGCUGCGCUAGGUGCUUGUGAGGCUGCUGCUCUAGGUGCCAGUGUGUCUGCGCUCUCAGGUACUGGUGAGGCUGCGCUCUCAGGUACUGCGUCGGCUUCGGCCUCCCUCACCUUCACACUUGACUCAGGGGCUUCUCGCUCCUUCUUUCGAGACCGCACCACACUCACGCCGCUUUGUCGGCCGGUUGCAGUCUCCCUGGCUGACCCCUCUGGGGGCCCUGUCCUCUCUCACUUCUGCACUGUCCUCCCGUGUCCGGCUGCCACCUCGGGCACCCUGUCUAGUCUGUAG